AUGGCUGAGGGGCUUCCUCCUUUCGACCCACAAUGGCUCGCGGCCGAACAAAUGAUGGGCGGGCGCGUGGUUAUCGAGGCCGACUCGAUUGAGAAAACACGUGAAAAAUUCGUUGGCAUCUUUGCUGGUCUAGCACCAUUCAUACCGCCACCCACCGAUGCCGUGCGUUCUGAGGAUGUGCAACUCACUCCAACUCAAAGAGUGAGGAUCUAUACACCUGCUGGGGAGACUAAACCUUUGCCGGUCGGACUUUACAUCCACUCUGGAGGUUGGUUCACGGGCAGCGUCGAAGGCGAAGACCAUUUGUGUAGAACGAUUGCCGAGAAAUCGAGGGUGAUUCUGUUUUCUCCAGAUUAUCGACUUGCGCCAGAAAACCCAUAUCCAGCCGGCCUGAAUGACGUUUGCGCAGCCUAUGAAUUCAUGAACGCGAAAGCCGCAGAGUAUGGAGGAGAUCAGAAGAGAAAACUCGUCAUGGGCGGGUCUGCUGGUGGAAACCUGGCCGCGUGCGUUGCACUAAAGUAUUCUUCGAAUGAGGAGCUCAAACCGACAGGACUAGUUUCUGCAUGCAUGGCGUCGUGUGAUCCUCUCGCGCUCCCAUCGGACUACAAGAGCAGGUAUACUCCCGAACGCUACUCUGAUGCGCCGAUGAUUGGGAACUCUAUCAUGCAACAAGCCAGAGAAUGGCUAAAAGUUCCACAACCUGAAGACCCUUUAUACUCGCCGUUAUUGCACCCGGAUAUCAAGCUCCUACCGAAGACUUACAUUGCAGCAUGCACGAAAGAUCCAACUCAUCAAGAAAGUGUCUUCUUCUCGGAAGAAUGCCAGAAGCAAGGCGUAGACACCGACCUGGUGGAGUGGGUCGGCUGGCCCCAUUUUUUCUGGGUCAUUCCAGUCUUGCCUAAGUCUGCAGAGUUUCUCGACGUCUGGUGUAAGAAGUUGAAAGCAAUGGCCGGCUCAUGA